UAAUGGUAGCAGCAGCGUGGCGAAGGCGCAGCCAGCGUGCGUAAACAACGGGGACAGUGUGGAGUUAAACGGUUACAUGCUGUAACAGAUAGCUGUAAAUCGAGAUUUGUGGACCUUCAAGCUUGACCUGUCGGAUACCGGGAGAGACUCUUUAACAAAAUGCCACAUCGAAAGAAGAAGGCAUUUAUUGACAAGAAGAAGGCUGUGACCUUUCACCUUGUCCACAGGAGUCAGAAGGACCCCUUGGCUGCAGAUGAGAAAGCACCGCAGCAUGUCCUCCUGCCUGCCACAAAGGUGGAAGCAGAUAAAAGGCGUGAGGAGCAGAGGAAAUUUGGUGUAUUCUUUGACGAUGAUUACGACUACCUGCAGCACCUGAGGGAGGCGACCGGCACGUCCGAGCUGGUGGCGUCUGGCAGUUUCCAUUCUGACAGACGGCCUUUUCAGCUCCAAGAUGAAGAGGAAAAAAAUGAGGAGGCAAACGAUGUGCACAAGGACAUUCCUGCUGCCUCCAUCAACCUGCCGUCUUCAGUGUUCGCCUCAGAGUUUGAAGAGCAGGUGGGACUUCUGAACAAAGCUGCUCCCAUUUCAGGACCCCGGCUAGACAUGGACCCGGACAUUGUAGCUGCUCUCGAUGAUGACUUUGAUUAUGAGAACCCUGACAACAUCUUAGAGGACGAUUUCAUCGUCAAAGCAAACACUGCAGGUGGAGCUGUGGGCACAGAAGGAGACAACCAUGAUGAUGAUGAUGAUGAUGAGUGGGAGGACACAGAUGAGGAAGACGACUUCGACUCUGAGGGCGGCUUUUCCAGCGACGAGGACGUAGAAGGGGGCGGCCGCAGUCGAGAGUUCCUGUUCAUGAACGAAGAGACAAAGAGUCGCUUCACAGAGUACUCGAUGACCUCGUCUGUGAUGAGGAGGAACGAGCAGCUCACCCUGCUGGACGACCGCUUUGAAAAGUUUUAUGAACAGUUUGAUGAUGAUGAGAUCGGUGCUCUGGACAACGCUGAGCUGGAAGGCUUCAUCGAACCAGACAGCGCUCGCCUGGAUGAAGUCAUCAAAGACUACUUCAAACAGAAGGAGAAGGAGUCCCUGAGGCCUGAAGAUUUGGGUCCCAAACAACUUCCUGUUGUGAGGGAGGAGGGUGAAGAUGAGGAAGAUGAAGAAGAGAUGGAAACUGUAGUUGUUGAAGCUCCAGAAGAGAAGUGGGACUGUGAAACGAUCAUCAGCACAUAUUCCAACAUAUAUAACAGACCCAAAGUAAUUGAAGAACCUCAAAAGCCAAAGCCGAUCCGUGUUUCCAAUAAGACGGGCAUCCCUCUAGAUGUCCUCCCCACCGGAGGCCUGACAGCCAAGCAGGCAGAGCGCAUGACGAGAAUUAACGACACAGACCUGCCUCGGGUCUCCACGCAGCCUCGAAGCAAAGAGGAGAGCAAAGAGGAGAGGAAGGCCAGGAAACAGGCCAUCAAGGAAGAACGUAAGGAGAGGAGAGUUGAAAAGAAAGCCAACAAGAUGGCGUUCAAGGAGGAAAAAGCCCGACAGGAGAAGCAAAUGUUGAACCUGAGGACAAAUGUUCAGGGCCUGAAGCUUUAGCAGCCCACUGCCAGGAUGGACUUUUGAACUGUUCACACGCUGCUCGUCACUCCAGGGGAGCUGACAGGACAGGAAUGAGAGGACUACUGUGGGGGUGUGGGUUCUGGGAAGCUCUGGUUUCCCCACAUCAUCCACUUCAUUCAGGAAUAAAAGCAAAAAUUGAAUUUCAUCUCCGGUAAUCCGCUUCAGGACAUCACGCUGAAGGGAUACUAAAGGCAGCCUGUCAUACUUCAGUCAUUUUUUUAAUAUAUUCAGUCAUAUAUAUCAAAUAUAAAUAUUGUUCCUGUAUUAAAAACACCUUAAUCCGAGUUUGAGGUUUUUUUUUUUUUAUUUUAUUUUUAACUCUCAUCAUGCUGCACUUUUCCCGCAGGUGAUAAUUGUGGUAAUACUGCUGUGCAAACAUCUUUAGCAAGGCAGCAUGUUGAGAUUUCUUCUUGUCAUGCCCACGGGGAUGAAUGGGGUGCUGGUUUCUCUGUUAACCAUAUUAAAAUUAGCAUUUUUAUUUAAAUAUCAGUUAUUAUUCCUCAUUAUCAGGCUUUCAAAACCUCACAGGAAAUAAUGUCCAGCAACAGGUCUGCGUUUCAACUGUCUGAUGGAAAGUUCCUCUCUGAUGUUUUCACUGAAGUGUGAAUGUUGGAUAGAAAACACUAUAAAGUGCUCAGAGUAGAGAAGUGAAUACAAGGUGGUGGUUUCUGCUUUUCUCUUGUGCAUUUCAUAAACGUCUGGGAGUUUAACCUGCUCAGAUUUACACUGAAAUUAUCGAUUGCCUAAAUUAGUGUUAACUGUGCCACGACGGUGAUUUUAAAAUCUGCAGCCACACAUUUCUCACAAGAACAAACCGAUCAUAAACAAGAAGCGAGGAAACCUCUGAAAGCAAUGCAGCUGCAGCAGCAGUGUGAAUAUAUCCGUAGACAUCAGUGAUUGGGUUACUGUCAUGCUUUCUUACAGCGUGAAAGACUGUGAGCCUUAUUUUCACCUGCAGUAAAACAGUCCUGCGAAGAAGUGAAGAACAAAUAAAAAUACGUAGCCUUCAAGGCUCAUUUUAAUCUUACGCUGCUCACAAAGGCCUACAUGUGUGUCACGAGCAGGGAGAGAAUGAAGUUCUCUCUUCUGCUGCUAUUAUACAACCUGUUCUGAAAGCAGGUUUUAAGAUAAAUAACAGGUCAGCACAUAUAAAACCACCACCUAGUGACCAUCAGCAUUUCUAUUAAGUCCUUCAGAUCAGUGUGCUGACAGUAAGGAGAGCAGGGACAUGAAGAGUAGAGUCUUAGAAGUAUGCUCUCUCAGAUAGAACUUUAUUAUCAGAAUCUGCUUAUAGCACACCUGCAUUUUUACUUUUGCGUUUUUUUUUUUUAAAUCUAGACUUAAUUAGGAGAAAACAUAAAAUGAUUAAAUAUAGACGAGGUAUAUGCUGUAAAUUUUGUUGCAUGUUAUUAGUUGAAUAAUUAUUAGAGAUACAUUUAGAUUGUUCUACUUGUGGGACUCCACAAGACCAAAUCCCUCUGUGCUGUUGUUGAUCCUACUGAUCACCAGCAGGGGCUGAUGACGGCCACUGUUCCUUUUUAAGCGCUUAGCUCUUCAGCUGACACAGGCGAGCUCUUCCCCACCUCCUCAGUGAGGUGACCUCUGAGGUAGGCGGGCUGGAGACUGCCUGCUCAUCAAACAAAACAGGGAUCAGUUUGAAGCCCAGAUUUGACUAAAAUUGCAGCUUGUUUGUUUGUUGGCCACUUUGACUAAGCAAACGAGUUACAUCUAAGAAUAACCAGAGUUAGAAUAAAGUUCUGUUCCACCUCUAAGUCCCAUUUUUCCAACAAUAAAGGAAACGCACUUCCUUCCACACUACAUUGAUUUAACAUCAGAUUGUUGUACUCAGCUUGUUUGUUGUUGCCUACAUCGUAGAUGGGUGACUGCCUCCACACCUAAACAAAAAAAUGAUUAUAGUUAGAGGUUAAGGUGGGACUCGGCAUGUGGGGGAGACCUAAGAAGGACAUUGCAUAGACUGAAGUCACAGUAAUGUCUGUUGUGAGCUGCAGUAGAAUUGUGUGUGUGUGUGUGUGUGUGUGUGUGUGUAUAGCGGCUGCGAUGUUCACUGCUCUUUGUAUGCAUUAUGGCUGAUUGAUAGCUUUAUACUUUAUACACAGUAUAAAGUGACUGAAUGAUCGGCUUAAAUGUAAAUACUCCCUGAUCAUGACCACCACAGCUGCCCUUCACCAGCCCACCAUAGUGCAUUACUGUAAACUUCACAACACUGCAAACUUCCACAUAAUGUUAAUCUGCUGCAGUUUUUUUUUUUAGGUCUUCUUUUGUCAGUUUGUUUUUAGUCACUUGUUCAGUUUCCUCUAAAUCUGCUGGUGUUUUUUAAGGACACUGCACAGCAUGCUGAAAUUGGCUAAUGACUUGUCACCUUGCUGGUGCAAAAAUACAAUUUCACUGAUGCCUAAAUAUACAAUAAAAAUAUUCCUCUGAGUCUGGAGCACUAUUGCUUAA